AUGUCAAAUCAUAAUCAAGCUUGGAGAAUCACGAGUGUAGAUUUACACAAGAAACUAAUUCCGAUAAAUAAAAAUCACUACGUAUUUGGCAAACAUCAAUUAGGAAGUGGAGCAUUUGGAAGAGUUUAUCCAGCACAACGACAAAAAGAUGGCGUCAAUGUUGCGGUAAAAGUCGUUAGUUUAGCAGAAAGCUCAUCGUCAUCAUCAUACUUAGUUGAAUCGUUUUUGAAUGAAGUUCGACAAUCAACGCGAUUGUCAUCGGAAUCGAAACAUGUUGUGAAAAUGUUUGAUUUUGAUUUUCAUCCGUCCGGUUUAGCUUUUAUUGUUAUGGAACGUGGUGAUCAAGAUUUAGAAAAGACUCUUAUUAAUCAACCAACUUUACCAGUCAGUCAACAAAAAGUUCUAUGGAGACAAAUUCUAAAUAUUCUCAUUACACUACAUAAACAUUCAAUUGUUCAUUUGGACUUGAAACCGUCAAAUCUUGUAUUUUUCGGUAAUCGAUUGAAACUAGUGGAUUUAGGUAUUGCACAGAAAGCCAAUACUCGAGGGCAAGGUCCAAACGGCACAUUCGGUUACACUGCACCUGAAGUUCGUCUCGUUCCACACGAUGCUUGGCCUCGUUACACAAGUAAAGCUGAUAUUUGGUCUGUCGGAGCUAUUCUGUACUGGAUCAAUUACGGAUCUUCUCCUAAAUACGAUCAUCAUAAUCGAUCUUAUCGUCCACCUCAUGGUCUUCCAUCAGUUAAAGAUGAAAAUAUUGGUGAUGUCCUUCGACAUACACUUCAAAUGGACCCAUAUCAGCGAUCAUCAACAAAUUGGCUUGCUCAACAUUCAUUUACACGUUCUUCAUAA